AUGUUGUGCUGGGGAAACGCAUCUUUUGGACAGCUUGGAUUGGGUGGAAUUGAUGAAGAGAUUGUUUUAGAACCCAGAAAAAGUGACUUUUUCGUAAAUAAAAGGAUCAGAGAUGUAGGAUGUGGACUGAGACAUACCGUUUUUGUCCUGGAUGAUGGGACUGUUUAUACAUGUGGAUGCAAUGAUCUAGGACAACUAGGGCAUGAAAAAGCUAGGAAAAGACCUGAGCAUGUUGGUGCACUGGAUGCCCAAAAUAUUGUAGCUGUGUCAUGUGGAGAAGCCCACACUCUUGCAUUAAAUGACAAGGGUCAGGUAUAUGCUUGGGGUCUGGCUACUGAUGGACAGCUUGGCUUGCCAGGAACAGAGGAAUGCAUCAGAGUGCCCAGAAAUAUUAAAAGCUUAUCAGACAUCCAGAUUGUUCAAGUUGCUUGUGGUUAUUAUCACUCGCUAGCACUCUCAAAAGGAAGUGAAGUUUUUUCCUGGGGACAAAAUAAAUAUGGCCAGCUGGGCCUAGGUUAUGAGUAUAAAAAACAAAGCUCACCACAUGUGAUUAAAUCUCUGCUGGGAAUCCCUUUUGCACAGAUUGCAGCAGGAGGAGCUCAUAGCUUUGUACUAACUCUUUCUGGAGCCAUUUUUGGAUGGGGACGUAACAAAUUUGGGCAGCUGGGUCUUAAUGAUGAGAAUGACAGGUAUGUUCCUACGCUGCUGAAGUCACUGAGAACUCAGAAGGUUGUUCAUAUAUGUUGUGGCGAAGAUCACACUGCUGCCCUUACAAAGGAAGGUGGGGUUUUUACAUUUGGAGCUGGAGGCUAUGGUCAGUUGGGUCAUAACUCUACCAGCCAUGAAAUAAACCCAAGGAAAGUUUUUGAACUCAUGGGAAGUGUUGUCACGCAGAUCACUUGUGGCAGGCAGCACACGACUGCGUUUGUUCCUUCAUCUGGAAGAAUUUAUUCUUUUGGACUCGGAGGUAAUGGGCAAUUAGGUACAGGAACAACCAGUAAUAGGAAAAGUCCCUUCACUGUAAAAGGAAACUGGCUUCCUUACAGUACUCAAUGCCUGAUAACCACAGACAGUAAGGAGUGUUAUUGUGUAAAGAGAAUUUUCUCUGGUGGGGACCAAAGCUUUGCACACUACUUUUAUCCACAGAACAUGAUGCCGCCAGAUGAUUUUAGGUAUCCUGACUUUUUGAAGCAGAUCUGGACUGUGAAUGAGACGUUUAUUCAAAGACUGCUGACUUUCCCAUCCGGAAGACUUCCCGUAGAGAUAGCUAAUGAAAUUGAUGGAACGUUCUCCUCAGCCGGGUGCCUGAAUGGGAGCUUUUUGGCUUUGAGCAAUGAUGAUCAUUACAAAACCAGCACUAGAUUCUCAGGGGUUGAUAUGAAUGCUGCUAGACUACUAUUUCACAAACUUAUACAGCCUGACCACGCUCACAUAUCACAACAGGUGGCAGCUAGUUUGGAAAAGAACCUUAUUCCCAAAUUGACCAGCUCCUUACCGGAUGUUGAAGCUUUGAGGCUGUAUCUCACUCUACCAGAAUGCCCACUGAUGAGUGAUGCAAACAAUUUCACAACAUUAGCUAUUCCUUUUGGGACAGCUAUUCUGAACCUUGAGAAAGCUCCUCUGAAAGUUCUUG